AUGUCGGACUCACUGCAAGCAGUUCAAACCACCUGGGUUAAUGGUGCAUGCUUCGGCUGGCCCAAUGGAAACGAUCCUGACAGUGAACCAGAGUUGUCCGAUGCGGUCCAGCUGCAGGCGGAAAGCAGGUAUUAUCUGCACCACCAUCAUCCCGUGGUGAAGGCAAGCCCCUCUGUGUCCCAUCACGGCGACCUUGAUGGAGUGCCGAAGAGGAAGAAGAAGAAGGACGAGAGAGUGGUGGAAAGGCCAGGAGGCCUGCGACUAGUCAAGUCAGCUGUCGAUCUAAUGCGCCACUCUGUCACCCACAGCGGGCGCAACAAGCAUCCUAAGGGCGAGGGGGAGCGAUUGUCAAGCGGACACUUGAUGAUCCCUGCCUCCUCCACGAAGUACUGGGGUGCCUGCGAAGCCUGUCGCCAGAAUGUCCACUUGACGAAGUACCUUUACUGCAGGCAUUGUCCCGUCGUCUGUCACGCUUCUAAUCGCUGCCUGAGUAAGCUGAAACGGAAGUGUCCCUCCGUCGAGCUUGGAAUACUUGGCUGGGGAGAAGGUAAGGCAGCGCCCAAGAAACUGGUGCAUUUCAUUAUCGACUUGGAGGACGUCUACUUGGGCGGAUCUUUGAGCGGACAGUCGAAUACAUGCGCGGAGUGCGGUCGUGUGCUAAUUGCUGAGAUGGGGUACUCCUGUGGCCAGACGGCGAAGUCCGAGUUGGAGAUGGAGCAGGCGAAAGUUGAGGCCACCGCCCACCCCGCAGCCGCCAAGCCGAUCAAGCGCCUGCGCCAGGGGCUGCGAACCCUUUUACACGGCAAAUCGAAUGGAGCGGGAGCACAGGUGCAGGAAUGCGCCAAGAAGGUGCUCGUCUGCCAUUUCACGAAGAAGCGCUACUGUGAGCGUUGCCACUGGGGCGAUGAGUGGUACAUCCCGGCUAACAUGCUGCUCCUCAACGACUAUGCGAAACACCCUGCAAGUUUUUACUUAUCACCCACCGCUUUCUCCUCUUAUUUGUUCCAAACACCACGUCUUGUUGAGCUGCGUGCCAUCUGCGACCAUCCACGAAAUGCAAAACGAGGCUACAGUGUUGUGUCGGACAGUCUUUUGAAUAAAUCUGCUCUGUGGUUUCGUUUAGUGACAGUAUCGCGUUCGGCCUAUCUGCUGCUUCGUGUGCUAUGGGAUACUGCUGUCCUCCAUGUCCCUCCUGAGUGGUACAAGGAAAACGUGCAGGCCGCCCAAGUGCUUCAAAUAAGGAAAAAGUUCAAAGCCAUGUCCCACUACUUCCAUGCCUGCCCUUUAGCUCACACUGUUAGGGAACUCGUUGAUGGCAUAAGAGCUCCCCACCUCACUGAAUGCGCGUCGCUGCUGCGCAUGGUUGAUGUGAUUCAAAUUGUCGACAAUUCACUCUACGAAAAACUGGAGAGAAUGGUCCAUUUCCUCGAAUUCCACAUUACUAACUGCAGGAUCUGCAAAAGCGAAAAUCGCAAAUGUUGUGUCUGUGGAAAGGGUAAACGUCUCUUCUACCAUGACAACGACGUUUGCUUGUGCCACAACUGCGGCCUCCCCUACCACGCGUAA